AUGCGUGUCUUUUCUUACAGAAGCUAAAGAGAAUCGUGUACUUACUUAGCAUAUUAGUCAUUUAAACUUAAUAAAUAUUGGCUAGCAGCUUAAAAUUCCAUUUGUGUUUAACACGUAUGCUGCAAUCCUACUUCAUAUAAAUUACUGAUUUUAUAUUCUUUUACAUAUGAUAUUUUUUUAUAAAGAUUCAAUUAAGAUCUUUUAGAUUAAACUAUUUUUUUUCCGACUAUAUUAUCAUAUUAUAUUACUAUAUCACAAAAUAAGAAAAAUUAAUAAUUGAGCUAUACAGGUUUUGUCAUUAUAAUAUUUAUGGUUUUUUCACCUUUCUACUUUUUUCUUUCUUUUAAAAUUACCUACUUUUUUGUAGGAACCAAAGUAUAGUCUACUUAUUUUAAUUUUUCAACUUUAGGCUUUUUAACUUUUUUAAUUUUAAGACUUAAUUAUUUCUAAUUGUCUAACUUUUAGCAUUUUAUUGAAGUAAUAUCUGAUUCACAUUCAUUAUUCUGA